AUGGUUACCGAGGCUGCGCCACGGAAAUGUAUGGGGGUGAAUUGCGAGAAAGCUGCCGGGACCCUACAGUGUCCGACAUGUCUCAAGAUGGGCAAUGAUAGCUUCUUUUGCUCGCAAGACUGUUUCAAGCGGAGCUGGGGCGAGCACAAGACCCUCCAUAACUCGAAGAGUAAUUUCCUCACCAACCUAUUCCCUCCGAAGGUAGUUUCUGAACCAGAUCCAGCAACGGGACAAUUUAAUCCUUUCCCCUCUUAUCCUUUCGCCGGAUCAUUGAGACCUGUGUACCCCUUGUCUGCCACGAGAACGAUCCCCAAAACCAUUCCCCAUCCCGACUAUGCCAAGGACGGCAUCCCUCGCUCGGAGCAGAAGUUCCUUGGCCAGCGGAAUAUCACCAUCUUGAACAAGGAGCAGCAGGAGGGCAUGCGGAAGGUUUGCCGCCUGGCUCGUGAGGUCUUGGAUAUCGCCGCGGCGGAAUUGAAGCCCGGAAUUACCACCGACCACAUCGACGAGGUGGUGCACAAUGCUUGCAUAGAACGCGAGUCCUAUCCUUCGCCCUUGAACUACGUGCAUUUCCCCAAGUCCGUCUGCACUUCGAUCAACGAGACCAUCUGCCACGGUAUUCCCGACCAAAGACCUCUCGAGGACGGCGACAUCAUCAACAUCGACGUGACCCUGUAUCACAACGGCUACCACGGUGAUCUCAACGAAACCUACUAUGUCGGAGACAAGGCCCUUGCGAACCCAGACGCCGUUCGUGUUGUCGAGACUUCCCGAGAAUGCUUGGAUAAAUCCAUCGAGCUGGUGAAGCCCGGCAUGCUUUUCCGGGACCCCGGAAAUGUGAUCGAGAAACACGCGAAGAGCCGCAACUGCAGUGUCGUGAAGAGCUACUGCGGUCACGGUAUCAACCAGCUGUUCCACUGCGCUCCCAACGUUCCCCACUAUGGUAAGAACAAGGCCGUGGGUACCGCCAAACCCGGCAUGUGCUUCACGAUUGAGCCUAUGAUCAACAUCGGAACCCACCGUGAUCGCACGUGGCCCGAUGACUGGACCAGCACCACGGCCGACGGGUCUCUAUCCGCGCAAUUUGAGCACACUCUUCUGGUGACAGAAGACGGCGUUGAGGUCUUAACUGCUCGUCUUCCCACCUCACCCGGUGGCCCUGUCCCCAUGCCUGUUGUUGAGGAGUCCAAGGAUGCGAAGACCGAGGCGUGA